UUGACACUUCCAAAUUACUCUUCUUCUUCUUCUUCUUCUUCUUCUUCUUCUUCUUCUUCUUCUUCUUCUUCUUCUUCUAGACCUGUUUUUGCUCUUAGAGCAGACAUGGAUGCCCUUCCUCUUCAGGAACUGGUAGAAUGGGAAUUCAAAAGCAAGGUAGAAGGUAAAAUGCAUUCCCAUGGCCAUGAUUCACAUGUUGCUAUGCUAUUAGGAGCAGCAAGGUUAUUACAGAGAAAAAUAGAGAAACUGAAGGGAACUGUGAAGUUAGUUUUCCAGCCAGGAGAAGAGUGUAAUGGAGCUUAUCAAUUGCUACAAGAAGAUGCCCUUGACGAUAUAGAUGGAAUCUUUGCAUUGCACGUCUUGCCCACCUUACCAACCGGUGUCAUAGCCUCGAGGCCGGGUCCAGUAUGUGCGGGAGCAGGACACUUUUCGGCCUUGAUACGAGGAAAGGGUGGCCAUGCUGCAGCCCCACAUAAGACGAAGGACCCAGUUCUGGCAGCAGCUUUUAUAAUUCAAGCUCUUCAACAAAUUGUAUCUCGUGAGACAGAUCCUCUUGAGGCCGGAGUGGUGACUGUUGCAUUUGUUGAUGGAGGGCAAGCAGAUAAUGUCGUUCCCGAAACCGUGAAAGUUGGAGGAACUUUUAGGAGCUUAUCUCCUAAGGGUCUCUCUUACCUCAAGGAAAGGAUCAGAGAGGUCAUCAACACGCAAGCAGUAGUGCACCAAUGUUAUGCUUCAGUGGAGUUUAUGGAGGAUACACCAGUAAUGGUUAACAAUGUGGCAUUGUUUGAGCAUGCAAAUAGGGUAGGAAAUAGCUUACUUGGAGAAUCCGAUGUGCAACUCCUUCCAUGGACCAUGGGAGCAGAAGACUUUGGCUUCUUGUCACAGAAGAUUGCAGCUACCAUAUAUGGGAUUGGGAUAAGGAAUGAUACUCUGAGAUCAAACCGGCCAAUGUACUCACCGCACUUUGUCCUUGAUGAGGAGGCCCUUCCAAUUGGAGCAGCUCUUCAUGCUGCUGUGGCUAUGUCUUACUUGGAACACAACUGUGUUGUCAGUGAUUAACUUCAAUUUCAGUUCUGUAAGUAAAAUACUAUGUGAGGAACAAAACAUGCCAUAGUUAGUAUGCACAUAUUUUUCCAAAAUAAAGAGAAUUACACUUCAUUACUACUGAAA